AUGUCUCUGAAUCUGAUAUUAUGUAUUUUAAUAGGUUAUUGUUUACUGUUUGCAAGAACAGCUCUUAGAUCCGCAGCUUCUGCUAACUCAUGUAGAGUGUUACUGUGUCUGAUCAUCCUUUAUAUUACUCCUACAAUCAAGACCUCAUCAUCACCAUGCAGCCUACAGCUAGUGCAAUCGUAUGAAGACUAUGAAUAUUUUAAAGAUGGAGACAUUAUCAUUGGAGGAGUGAUAACUGUGGGGGCAUAUGCGGUCGAUUAUACGUUUAAAGAGCAUCCUAUGAUUCUAUGUAUGGGGCAAUCUAUAAUAAAUUAUUAUCACUUGCUCAAUUUUAUGUUUGGCAUUGCAAAGAUUAACUCAAAUCCAUCGAUUUUACCAAAUAUCACACUGGGAUAUCAUUUAUAUGAUUCAUGUACAGAACCAAGGAAAGCUGUGAAAAGUGUUCUACAGGUUCUAUCUGGACCAAGGAGGACUGUUCCUAAUUAUUACUGUAUGAAUGGAAGAAGCAAGCUGGCUGGUAUCGUUGGCGAUUACCAUUCAAUUACAACCAUCCCCAUAGCACAGAUCUUGGGGGUGUUUGGAUAUUCACAGAUCAGUUAUGGAGCUACAGACUACAUGCUAAGUAACAGACUUGUUUAUCCACACUUUUUCCGAAUGGUUCAAAAUGACCAUAUCAUUUAUAAGAUUGUGUCCCAGAUUUUGAAAUACUUUACCUGGACAUGGGUUGGGAUCUUGGUAUCAGAUGACAUUAGUGGAGAAUCAGAGCAAUUGGUUUUAAUGGAUUAUCUAACCAGUAAUGGAAUCUGUGUGGCUUUCGCUGUGAAAUGUGGCAUGGAUACACUCAAGCAACCAGCUGAGGUUAAUAAAAUUAGAAACAUUAUGCAAACAUCAUCUGCACAUAUUAUUGUAAUUUGUGGAUCAUUUAAUCAAGGAAUUUAUUUUUUUCUACAAAAUGAAGCACAUAUUUUCUAUGAUAAGACAUUUAUUCUUCCUCCUUCAUGGACCUCAAGCCCUUACCUAACAUCUUAUAAUGGUGACACAUUAAAUUGCUCAUUAGCUAUAGAGCUUUAUUACAUGACUUUACCAGCAAUCGGUAAUUUCUAUGAUAAAAUAUCUACCUCAUAUCGUCCUAAUGACAAAAUUCUAGAAGAUACCUGGAUAUCAGCCUAUAGCUGUUUGACAGCAAAUUCAUCAAAGAACACAUUGUAUCAAUCUCUAUAUAAUGUAUCUCUUAGAGAUUGUUCUGGAGAACAAGUUACAGAUGAAAUGAAAUUGUAUCUACCUCUUGGGGUUUCUCCUCGUGUGUAUUAUGCAGUGCUUUUCAUGUCUUUUGCCCUACACGAUAUGCACUCAUAUUUGAAUAAACAAUUAAACGGACAAAACAUUAAAAGUUCUAAUUAUAGGAAUGGGCAAGACACAAACCGUGUAACAGCGGCACAGAUCAGUAGCCUCAUGGAGACACAGCGACAGGCUGUUGUGGUCCAACAGGAGACAAACCGCUUAUUGGCCACACAAAUAGACUGCAUUAUGGAAACUCAGCGGGAAGACAGAGACAGACUAACAAGUGCUUUGCAACAAACCAUGCUGCCAAGUGUAACUACCCCUACUACAGAUAGGGGGCGCCGGAUUAGAGUUACUGACUUUUUACAUAAAGUGAGUGAGGUUGAUGACAUGGAGGCUUACCUGACAACCUUUGAAAGGAUUGCUACCCGAGAAGAAUGGCCUCCAGGUCAGUGGGCAGGAUUAUUAGCCCCUUGCCUCAGUGGAGAAUCAGAAAAAGUGUAUGAUGAUUUGCCUCUCAGCCAAGCACAAGACUAUGACCGAUUGAAAGCGGAAAUACUAACACGGCUUGGAGUUACGCCUGCAGUGAGUCUGCCGAUAGCGCUACGGAAAUGGGUCAGUCAAGCGGAUCCAAAGGACCCUGAAGAAAUGAUGAACUUGACAGUGAGAUACCAGUUUGCUAAUGAAACUCAGAGUAAAGAACCUUACCUCAACGCCAAAUUGCAAGACAGAGAGGCCUUGAUGGCCAUGACAGAUAAAGUUCCUCUGACCAAAGUAGACAAAGUACCAGAGGUUAACAUUGCUGACACUCUAGCACCUCAUCAGAGAAAUGAGGUCCGAGAGUUUGUUCUUAGAAAUCGGGAUGUGUUUGCUCCAGUACCCGGAAAAACUCAUGUUAUUAAACAUGACAUAAUUACGGAACCUGGAAAAAGGGUUAACUUAAAACCCUACCGAAUCCCAGAGGCCAGAAAAGAAGCCAUCAAAGCAGAGAUAGGUUUGUACUCGGAUUUGGAAAUGGAUGAUAAAAAACUAGCCAUCUAUCCGAACAAAAUAACGUGGAGAACCAAAGGCAAUGAGGUUCCAAGAUCUCAGUGCUCAGAUAUAUGUUUGCCAGGAUACAGGAAAGUUCAGAGGAGUGGAUUUCAAGCUUGUUGUUAUGACUGUGCCCUAUGUCCAGCUGGAGAAAUAACCAAUACAACUGACAGUGAGAACUGUAUUAAAUGUGCAGACAACGAAUGGCCAAACAACAAGAAGGAUACGUGUGUUCCUAGAGUGGAGGAAUUUCUAUCAUACAGUGAUGAUGUUCUUGCUUCUGUUUUCAUAUUUACCUCAGUUUUACUCUUCAUUAUAACUAUUAUGAUAUUAGUCAUUUUUAUUGUAUACAGAGACACAGCAAUUGUCAAAGCCAACAACAAGAGUCUCAGCUUUGCCCUCCUGGUGUCCAUCAUGCUGAGCUUCCCAUGUGUGAUUUUGUUCCUCGGUCGUCCUGUGGAUAUAACUUGCAUGCUGCGUCAAUCGUCAUUUGCUAUCAUUUUCUCAACAGCGAUCUCUUGUGUUUUGGGGAAGACUGUCAUGAUCUACAUCAUCUUCAAAGCUACUAAACCUGGAAGUACCUGGAAAAAUUGGGUUAAUAGGAAAAUAUCUAAUUUUGUAGUCCUGAUUUUCUCAUCUUUUCAAAUUUUUAUUAAUAUAAUAUGGCUGGCAAAUUCUUCCCCAUUUAAGGAACUGGACACACACUCUUAUCCAGGAAAGAUCAUUGUUCAGUGUAAUGAAGGUUCAGUUAUUGCCUUCUACUCUGUCCUGGGUUAUAUGGGGUUCCUGGCAGCUGUUAGUUUUGUUAUAGCUUUUUUAGCUAGGACGUUACCGGACACUUUUAAUGAAGCCAAGUACAUCACCUUCAGCAUGCUGGUAUUCUGCAGUGUUUGGAUUGCAAUGAUCCCAGGCUAUCUGAGCACCAAAGGGAAAUACAUGGUGGCUGUAGAAAUUUUUGCAUUAUUGACCUCAAGUGCUGGACUUUUAGGCUGUAUUUUUUUUCCUAAAUGCUAUCUAAUUUUACUUAGACCAGAAAUGAAUACAAAAUCCUAUUUGAUUGGGAGUAGAAAUAAAAUAAUAUCCACUGACUUUUAA